AUGGAUAUCGACGACAUUCUCGCCUCUGUCGACCGCGGCGCUGGCGCCAGUGCGGAGUCAGCGGCCAUAGACCACCAACUCCUCACCCGACUCUGGGUUGCCGAGCGCGCCGUCUCGGAGGUCCUGCCAUGGCCCGCACCGCUAAUGGAGCGGAUAAUGGAUAGAGUGCGAAUGCAGAUCGAAACAAUCGAAGACCUCGCCGCCUCAGCCGCAGACACAGACACCCUCGCUUCAAAACAUACAGCCUACAACCCAAACCUCAACCUCCGCCUCUCAAUCCUCCAAACAGACCUCGCCCGCACCCAAUACAUCCUCCGCAGCCUCCUCCGCCAACGUCUAGCAAAACUCACAAAAUACAGCAUGCAUUACCUAGUCCAACUAGCCAGCCGGAACAAAAACCCCCUCGCCCAAUCCCAAACGCCCUCGCAAUCGCAGUCCCAAACCCAGUCCUCGCAAGUCACACCAGAAGACUCGGUCCCAGACAUCUCGGCCGUAACAAAUUACUCGCCGCUCUCGGCGCAGGAAUGCAGUUUCAUGCAUGCGCACCAGACGCUGCUGGCGGGGCAUUUUGGCGGCUCGUUUAUGGGCGCGUUUCCGCCGCAAUUGAGGCGGUUGGAUGAUAAUGCUGGGGGUACUAGUAUGGUGCAGGGGCCUGAUAUGAAGGAAGUCGUCUUUGUGCGGUGUUUGGCGGUUGAGGUUCCUGUUGUUGUGGAGGGGGUGGAGGGGGGUGAGGAUCUGGGCGUUGUGAUGCGGAUGGGAGAUGUGUGGGUUGUACUUUGGGAGGGUGUUAGAGAAGCUUGGAUGAAAGGGCAGGUUGAGCUGCUCUGA